AUGUCUUCAUUAACUGCUGUUGCAAAAUAUGCCAAGAAUUAUUAUCCCAUCUUAUCUAAUCUGUCAUUGAGAGCCUGUUCUAAUGCUGCAGUGAAGGAUAAACCAAAAACAAAUGAAAUAAUCAAAAUAAGUGAUGCAUGUGUUGAACGGAUAAAUCAAAUAUCUGAAGGAGAGUUUUUAAGAAUCAUAGUUGAAGGCGGAGGUUGUUCAGGAUUCCAGUAUAAAUUCGCAUUGGAUAAUAAACUGAACGAAGAUGACCAAAUCUUUGAGAAACAAGGAGCCAAGGUUGUUGUUGAUCUAACUUCAUUGGAAUACAUUGGCGGUUCCACUGUAGAUUAUCAAAAAGAACUAAUUAGAUCAUCUUUCCUAAUUGUUGAUAAUCCUAAAGCAGACACUGGUUGCUCCUGUGGCGCUUCAUUUUCUGUGAAAUUAGAUUAG